ACAGCCAGAUUGGUGAUCAACGUUUACAAGAGUAUCGCUUCUUCACCAAGAGCUUUCGGUUCAUCCAAUUGCCGCCGGCAGAAUGGAGGGAUGACUGCUUUCAGGCCUCGGCCUCCUUGAUCCUUCUUUCUCUUGGUUGGACCUAGAGGGCUUGUCUAGGCCUCUAGUUGGAACCCAGUGCUUUGGAUUGAACUAGCCCUCUAGAUUGAACCAACCAUGCAUGAUCGAGCCGGCCGGCGCACAGAGUGCAAACAGUACACACAGCGACAAAUAUCAAGCACUCUGCCUGUCGGACUGAAUUUCGAGCUUUUCCUUCUUCUGGCUCGGCCCUAGGGGCUUACCCCGAUUUCGUAUGUAGUACCAUAAAAAUUGAAAGAAGCAGCCUGCCAAGUUGCUACUUGCCCACGUGCAUGCGUUUAUGCAUGCGUUCGUGCGUUGCCCUUCCUUUGGUGCUGAUUGACUAGUCACGGACGGACUCACGGCAGGUCAUUCAAGCAUUGGAAGUGCCACAGCCAAGCCUUCAAGAGUCUAGCCAAUGGCCAAUCCAUCCAUUAAAGAUGACACAAUGACAUGGACUGACAACACUCGAUAGGGGGGACAUCAUCGUCCACAAAAGGCUGAGAGCCUCGGCCGAGCCCCAAAGCUCGGGUCAUUGAAGUGGAAGAAAUUGAAGGGCCCCAGCCGACCCGCAUCGGAUUCAUCGGAUCUGGUCGGUUGAAACUCGUGCUUGGGUUGUGCUAAACCCCGGCUGUGUAGGUUCCAAUUGAGUCUUGAUGGCGAGUUGGGUAAAUCACCCAGCGACAACGAUGAACGACCGAAUGUGGCCCGCCUAACAGGUUCUCGCGUUUUGUUGCUUGAAGUUACAUGUAACCCGCUUCACCUGUAACGACGUGUAAGUGUGACGGGCGUACAUCCCGGUCGCCGGCUUAUCAUGGGGUCUGAUAGCCCGUGCGCUAAGGCCUUGGCAGCUUCUAACUUGUGCCGCUUGCUUGAUGAGCAACGCCUCCUGAAAUCCUCGUUCUGUGACGUGAUUCUCAAGUGCGGGCCUGAGACCAGCUACGCUCAUAGUGCUGUUUUGGGUGCGGCCUCGGGCUUCUUCGAUAAGAUUCUAUUGCACAUGAUCGACCGCAAUGAGAUCAAGCCCGGCAUUCACGGCAUCAAACUCAUUCAGCUCGAGGUGGAUGAUCUCUUUGUGGGCACGGAGCAUUUGUUCCAAGAUAUUAUUUCAUUCCUGUACACGGGCGUAAAAGGCGAUCGUCUGAAUGACGAGAUUAUAUCCGCUUUGCAUCACAAGCUCGAACUCCAUCCUCAAAAGAUGGCUCCAAACUCACAGUCGACUCAGGGUCGGACGCAUCCGCCGCCGGGUCUAUCACCGUCGAGUGGUUCGUUUAGUCAGCCAUCCGAACUCACAUCACAACCCCCAGGCCCUUCUAAAGAGGUGACAACCAUGGCCGACACUUCGGCCACAUUUUUCACUUCAGCCUCCACGCCAACCUCGCACUUGGGCCUCCUCGACUGGAAAGAUCUCUGCGGCGAGGUGAUCACGGCAGUUCCAUCAAUAAGCCUCAAUUCAGGUCAUACCAAUGUCGAGUGCGAAAAGGCGUUGGAGACUGGAGAGAUGGAUCUGGCGGCUGCGGCUGUGUCGUCUCUGGAUGAAGCCAAGUUCAGCAAGGUCAACGAUGUAAAAAUGGACGUGUCUUUUUGUCAUAAAUGUGACCUUUUAUUCAUCUCCAAAGAGGAGUUUCUGAUACAUCGUCAAAUGAAUUGCACGCGUAAGUUCUCCUGCAAAUCUUGUGGGCUCUUGUUCACGAGAGUGCAAUCGCUGCUCGAGCACUUGGUGGAAGUUCGUCAUGGCGAAUCGAUUUGCUCGAUAUGCCACUAUGCAGCCACAACAAGUGCGGCUAUGGACAGCCACUUGCAAAAUCAUAUGAAAGUUACCAAGAAGCCGUAUUUUUGCCUUCAAUGCGAAUCCCGAUUUCCAACUCGAAGUGCUCUCAUUCAACACUUGCCCAAGCAUUCAAAUGAAACUCCAUUCAUCUGCAAUGUUUGCACAAAAGGGUUUAAAUGGAAACAAGCGUUGUCGGCACACAUGGUGACCCACUCAACAGCCAAGCGACAUUCAUGUUCGAUUUGCGAUUUCUCCACCUCUCAUACCUCGAUUUUUAAGAGUCACCAGCGUCUGCACAAUGGCAUGACCUUGAAAUGCGAUUUGGAUGGAUGCACCUUUGAAACGACCCGGAAAUACAAUUUCGAUCAACACAAACUGACACAUUCUAAGGAGAAACUCCAUCAGUGUGAGGUUUGUGGAAAGUCCUUUAGCCUGGUCAAGAACAUGCGUCGUCAUGCCCGUCAGCAUGAUGAACAGGCCAAGAAGCAACGCUGUCCGGCCCCUGAUUGUCGCUUUGAAACAUUAAGAACCGACAAGUAUGUUCUUCAUAAGAAGAAAUGCCCUUUCCUAAACCCCGGCCUUGGUGACGAUCAACAAACCCAUACCGCUCAUUUGGAGCCCUCGUCUCUAGGGAAAACUAAUAGCCGGAUUUCUCAUCCGCCUCAAAAGGCUGUAGUGUUGAAUAAUCUGUUCAACACUGUGAAUCCUCCAAACAAAACGGUCAUCCAAACACUGCCCCUUAUCAUAAACGAUGAUUCGAACCCACUAGACACUGCCAGUCUAGAUGUGACAAUUCAAGAUAUGCUCAAGUUGUCAGAAAAUCUGGUAUUGGAAUUAGAUUCCACCAUAACUGUUAAGCAAGAAACUGCCCUCUCGUCGUAUGUUGAGGCCAAAAUGGACCAGGCGCUCUCCAGUACAACUGAUUUGAUUAAACAUGAGUAGUAGCCACCAAAGCCCUUUGUCAGUUAAAUUGACGUGCACACUCACAUUUACAACCAAGACUAAUGAAAAGACUAAUUCCAUACUAAUUUUGGAGAUAUUUGCCCCCAAUACAAAAAAAAAAAACAAAUUGUUGGAACUUGGGAGGAUAACUUCCAAAACUUUAAACUGGAUAUGGAUCAUUGUGUUUACUAAAACAAAACUGAACCCAGUUAUUUCUUUCACUUGAAACAGCUUUAAAAGUAUUUGAUGGCUAGUUUGGUUAAAAAUCAAAAGCUGUCGUGAAUUUUAUGUUUUCAAGUUCUAAUCGAGUAGUCUUUCAUGGAGCUAGGCUCGUACAUGUUCGAGUAAAAGUAAUCGAUAAGGAAUAGGUUUUUCACAUACUAGUUGUCAUGGAAUCUGUACUAAGUGCAUCUUUUUUUUACCCGAGAUCUCUGCUUUAUCCGAGCACAGAGGUCAGACUUCGUUGAUAUCUUCCUCAUCUUGAAUGUGUCGCUCGUCUUUCAGUGUUUUGGAAAUAUACGUGUAUCUUCUCGACCAACA